AUGUCAGAGCUCAAGCCGUUCGAUCCAAAUGUUCCUCAGGAAGAGGUCGACCGUCUCUUCAGGAAGCUCAGGGAUACGCGUCUACCAGACAUCCCGGUCGUGCCAGAUGCGGGAGAUGACUACGGCCCGUCGUUGGAGUGGAUCAACAAACUGAAGAACUUCUGGCAAGACAAGUACUCGUGGCCAGAUGCCCAGAAGCAAAUCUCCGAAUGGCACCACUUCACGACCGAGAUGGACAACUUGAAGGUCCACUUCAUCCAUGAGAAGGCGCGGAAAAGGCAAAAGGACGCGAUACCUUUGUUGCUGGUCCAUGGCUGGCCAGGAACGUUCUUCGAGUUCCAGAAUGUUAUGCACCCACUUCUUGAUCCCAAAGACGAUGCAGCCCCCGUCUUCGACCUUGUGGUACCCUCGCUCCCCGGCUUUUGCUGGUCACAGGGGCCUCCGCGAGGCUGGACACUGCAAGACACUGCGCGUAUCUUCGACGUCCUCAUGAAGCGCCUCGGGUACAACUCGUACGCGGCACAAGCCGGUGAUUGGGGCCAUUGGGUCGUCCGCGAGCUUGGAUCCGGCCGCUACAAUGCGUGCAAAGCAGUGCACACGAACAUGUGUCCCGGCGCACCACCAAAGGGGUACAAGAUGAACGAGAAAGAGCAAGCUGCCAUGGACCGUGCGAAGUGGUGGAUGGGCGAGCACCUGUAUGAGGGCCAUAUGGGCUACGCGAUCGAGAUGCGCACGCGACCGCAGACCAUAGGCGUAGCGUUCAACGACAACCCAGUGGGCAUCAUGAUGUUCAUUGGCGAGAAAUACGACGAGCUGGCUGACCCGACGAUUGGAACUGCAACGCUGGAUAAGGAAGAGUACGUCAGGGAUGUGUGUACGACACUAUCGUUGUAUUUCUUUACGCCGCCGAGCAUCAUGACGAGCAUGCUGUGCUACUACAACAACGUGCGCCACGAGGUGUACACGGAGUUCAAUGCAAAGGAGGAGAAUCUGAUCAGAGUGCCGUUGGGUGUCAGCACGUUCCCGUACGAUGCGUUCCCGGUGCCGAAAGCGGGCGUUGAGACGACUGCGACAAACCUGAAGUUCUUCAGAGAGCGGGAGCAUGGUGGUCACUUUGCGUGUAUGGAGAUGCAUGAGGAGAUGGUGACGGACAUGCGAGACUUCUUUGGCGAGUUUUAUAAGGCUUAG